UGGCACUUCGUUUGUUUUGCUCGUGAUUAUUUUUGUUUUUAUAUUGGCAUGUCAAUCAAAGAAAAGAUAAAAUGACUUUUUUUUGACUUGUCAGAAACUUAAAGUGCAAUUAAUUUUUCUAAAACACAUUUUUAUCAGAUGUCUUAGAAUUUUCUUUGAAAAUCUGAUGGCUUCCCUUCAAGGCUUACCACCAUUACCUAAAAGUUUGAGUGGCCUUUUAAACUUCAGUAGUGCACAAUGGAAAGAAAUGGAACGCCUUCACACCAUGAGGACAAUGAUUCAACAAGAUCUGAGUCGAGGAUUAGCCGAAAGAACUAAUUUACAAAGAUUACCCUCUCAUAGUGAUAGCUCUGAGAAUAUUCAAGGUGAUAAUGGUGGUCUUUCAGCAGAUACUUCUGCACAAAACAGAGCAGGACGGUUAGAUGUGCAGCUAGCUUUGUUAAGAAAAGAAAUGGUGGGUUUACGACAGCUGGAUAUGUCCCUUUUGUGCCAAUUGUGGUCAUUGAAUGAAUCUAUUCAUGAAUACAAACAACUUUUACAAGAUCGUAUGUCUCUUAGCCUUUCGCCAACCCACGCUUCUUCCCCUGGUUGGGACAAUGGAAUUGACUCUCCCAGCAGUGAAGAGCAUGGAGAUGUGAACAACAAAUCAUACAAAACUGAAACAAAUUCUUUAACAUUAGAUGGAUCAAAUCAGACUACAAUAGCGAGAAAACUGUCAUCUGUUGAUAGUACUUCACAUUCGAGUUUAGAAUUUGGUGAUAUCUAAUGUUUGCAUAAUUUGGAUAUCUAAAAUAACAUUAUUCAACAAUUGUGGCUACAAAUCUCAAAGGUUGUCUUUUUCCAACAUUGUUUGCCCUUUAUUUUUAAUGCAGUUCUCCUUGUAUUAUGUGAUUAUUAUAUACAAAUAUAUAUAUGGAUAUUAUUAUUUUAUGUUGUGUUGUUUCUAAAACUUUUUUAAAAGACUAGCUUUAGUUAAGCUUGAAAAAUUUUCAUUUAUAUGUGUUCUAUUAUAAUAUUUUACAAACCACUAUUGAUUUUUAUUUUCUUUGUUUUCUGAUUUUUUUUCCCCCUUGUGAUUUUCAUUUGAAAAGCUUGCAGUUUUUAUUGACAAAUUUUUUUAAUCAUUGUAAAGUUGCAUUUUAUGGCAUUUUAUACAAAUAUGUUGUUUUGUUUUAAAAUCUGGUUAACUUGUUUGAAUAUUAAGUAAAAACAUACAAUAAUAAUAAAUAAAUAAAACUGAAUUGAAUAGUUUAUCAGAAUUUCACUCCUACUUAGCCAGUUAUUUGAUCUUUAUACUCUGAAUAAUCAACUUUCUGUAAUUUUUUGUUAUGUGCUAUUGAAUUUUUGUAAAUUGGAAAAUGCUUUCCAUAGAUUUUUUUUUUUUUAUGUACAAAAAAAAUCUGACUUCAUGAUUUGGUAAUUAAAUAAGGAGAAAUAAAAAGAUCACAUUGAAUUUUGGAAAACUGAUAAAAAGAAAACAUCUAAUAAACAAUGAACAUUUUCCUUUUGAAAUCUUAAAAAUCUUGAAAAUAAUUGGUGCAAAUAAUAAUUCUGAAUUAGUAUCAUUAUUCUAUCUGCUGGCUGAAUACAAAUUUUGCAUAAUUGCCAUACCAUAGAAAAAUAAUGUAAUUGGACAAGAGCAAUCUGUGAAUAAUAUUAGAUUUUUAAAAGAUAUAUAAUUUGAAGUGUUUUCUUGAAAUCUAUUAUCUAUUGUAAAUAAAGUAAUUUUGUUGAAACAAUUGAAUAAAAGUGUCUAAAGCAAAACCAGAUGAUAAAUAAUUAUUGGAGUUCAAUAAAUUUUUCAUUACAUUCUAAUUAAAUCAUAUAAAGUUAGAAAAAAGUAUUGGUCAGUUAAUAAUAAUAAAAUUGAUGAAUGUCUUAAUUGAUAUUAUAUAUUAAACACAUUUUAAAAAGAUAAUUAAAAUUGACUGAUAUAAAAAUCAUUAAUUAACAGAAAUAUCUCUACAAAAGAGUGAAUCCAUUAAUUUUGAAAAUAAUUAGGUGACAUCUGAAGGAGAAUUCACAUAUUUCAAGGAUUUCAAUAGCAGAACUGAAUUAAUGAAUUGCAUAUUCUUGAUUUUUGAAGGAAUAAAUAAAAAAUCAUAUAUAAUCUUUUUGUUUUUAGUCUGCAAAUUCAAUAUAACUAUUAAAUUAUGUGCUUAGUCUAACUUAAGUCAGUCUAAAAUAGAAAGGAAAUUAAGUAAAGUUUAAUGUUUCAUAUUAAUAUAUCAGUUGAAUUUUAAAUUCUAAAAUGGGGACAAAAAUAUAAACAAUUUUUUAUUAAUAUAUCAUUUUGAUUUUAAAUUCUAAAAAAAAUAUUUAAAAUAAUUUUACUAAAAUUUCCAAUAUCCAAUGCCAGUAUUAUUGUAAUCAGAGAACUAUCCUUUUUAUAAACUUCAAUAAACUCAGAGUAAUUUUGUACCCUGUUAGAAUCAUUGGAGUUAGAGCUCUUAUAGCCAAACAAAAAUAUGUGCUUUAUAAAAUAGUUCAGGGGAGUUUGGAUUCAUCUGUUAUCUGAUUAAUAUCUUAAAAUUUUGCAAAUCUACACUUUUUUGAAGUAGGACUUUGCAAGCCAGCUUCUGCCACUCCAAUCAUAAAAGUGAUUGAUAUUUCCUAUUAUGUAAUAAAAAAGUAUUUCUUUUUUAUUUCAUAUAUUUAUUUAAAUAAAAAUACUAUAUUAUACUUAGUAUUUCAAUUAAUACUAUAUGUAUAAAUACUUUGCAUUUUAUUUCAGAUUAGUCAUCUUUGUUGACCAGCUUGGUUUAAUCAGAUUAUCGAUUUUUUUUAAGACUUAACAAUUAAUAUGGAAUUUAUUUUUAAAAAAUUCAGCUUGUUAUUUGAUAGGACUGAAAAAUACAGAUUUAUUUGAAUGAAUCUGCUACAAAUAAUAGUGGGUGCCAAGUAAAAAAGAUUAUGAAAAAAAAAAAUGAAAAUCUCAUUUUGGAGUUAAUGUAAUAAGAAAUCGUCUCUUUUAAUCUUAAUUUCAAUAUUGGCAUGCUUGUGAAUCUUGUAUAAGGAACAAAAAGAAAGAGAGAGAGAAAAAAAAACUUUCAAUAAAUGGUUGAUUCUUCACAUUACCCUUAAACUCAAAUUAACACACACACACACAUAUAUAUAUAUUUAAAGUAAAAAAAGGAUUGUGCAGAAAUGAAAUUGAUAUCAUUUUGUGUUCUAAGAUAACACAAAACCCCUUUUUGUAAGUUAAUAGUUUGGAAAGAUAUAGUCAUCAAUUUCCAAUUGAGUAAUUCAUAACUUAUUAUUCAUCUGAUGAUGAUAAACCUAUUUUCACGAUUACAUUUUCUGAAACUUUUAUAUUUUCUUUCCUAUGAUUCAAUAGAGUUUUUGAUAUAAAGCAAACUGUCUCCAGAAUAUUUCUAAUAAUAUUUUGCAGCUCCUUUAUUGAUGGAAGCAUUGAAAAUUAAAUGCAGCUGUGAAAAUAUUCAGUGAAGCAAUUUGAAAUAUUUGAAUAUCAAUUUGUUUACAUUCAACUGUUACUAAUCAGUAUUGGCAGUGAUUUCUGUGCCAUGUACAUUAGCAUUUUAUGUAUAGAGAUGUUUUUUAAAUUAUUUAAUUAAAACAAAAAUUUACAUUUAAUUUUAGUAUAAGAAUUAUCCAAGCAAACAAAUUUUAUACAUUAAGAUAAUGCCAAUUGAUCAAAUAAAUAUAUGUAUACUAACUCCUUGCGUCUUAUUUAACAUUUUUACUAUAAUUCAUUUAAUUAAUAUAAAUAUGUUAAUUUGCUGUCGCCUACUUUUGCCAUCCAUUUAGUAAUAUACUAACAAUCUAUAUAUAACUUAGUUAUUCCUAUAAUUUAGGAUUGUUUAUUCAUUGUCUCUUUCUCUCUACUUAUACAUAAUAUAUUGAAUUGAUAUGUAUGCUCAUACAUUACUAAAUGGACAGCUAUUUACUUAUAUCUUGUGACCAUAUAAUUGUUAACAUAAUCCAAAUUUUUAUGGGUAUUGAGCAUACAAAGUUGUAUUAUGUCUAAUUACAAACCCUAAUUGUAUUUUUACUUAUUUAUAAGUGAAUGCCUUUUUUUUUUUCAUUCAAAAUCAAAAUAAAACCCUUUUAGUAAAUGCGCAUGGAUCAGUUGCAUCCCUGAACUAUAGCCAAAUCACCUCCUUAAAUAAGAUAGGCUUAGUAACAGUAAAAAUCUGGCUACAUUUUUAACCUUAAUAGUUCAUCAUCAAAAUCUUAAAACUUCAAUUUUUGAUAAAUAUAUAAUUCAUAUUAUUUUAAAUACUUUGUGCUAUUCUGUUCAUUUACUAUGUAUUUACCUUAUUUUCUGUGAGCUACCUAAAAUUUGUAUUUAAAAAAAUAGAUAUACUGUGCUGUUUCUAGCCAUUUUAA